UUCCCUCCCGCUCUCUGCCCAGCCAGCAUGGAUGCCAUCAGCCAAUCACCUGUGGAAGUUGUGCUUCCCAUGCACAUCCGGGAUAUCUGGGCCAUUGUCAUCAUCCUGGGUACCAUGCUCAUCCUGACCUCCUUGUUGCUGUGCCCAGCCACUGCAGGCACCAUCUAUUGCAUGCGGACUCAUCCAGUUCUCAACGGAGCUGCCUGA